CAGUAAACAGUUUUAUAAGUUUUUAAAAACCCAUAGGUACACCUCACAUAUUUUAUUUAUUACAAUGAAAAUUAUAUUAGUGAUUAUUUUGAGCAUAUUUUUAUAUUCUCCGUUGAUUACAACACAAGAUGAAAAUGCAAAACCAGUGAUUUGCGUUAUAGUUGGAGAAGUAUGGAAGAGUAGUAGUGGUUAUGUAUUCAAUAUAACCGAAUUGCCAGAACGUUGUGAUAUAAUUACAGUAGGUCAAUUUGCUCUUGACCGUUCAGGUGUUGAAACUUUAGUAGAUGUAGAAGACGAAAAGGCAAUAAAGAUCUUAACAGAAGCUAAUAAAAAUGUUUACCUAAGCAUUGGAUUCUUAUUUGAUGAAGAUUGGUGCUCAAUAUUGAAUGCUUUGGAUGAAAAUGAAUAUAAAACUCGAAUAUUUGAUCCAUUAGUCGGUUUUUUAAAUAAAUACAAAAUUAGUGGUCUUUUCAUGUGUAUUCCAGAUAUGUUAAAUGGUGCCAUAGAAAAUGUGUCUCAAAAAAUAAACGAUUUUGUCACUUCGAUUAAAAACAAAGUAGCUGGAUUAAAAGUUGGUCUAGUAUUCGUUGUAUGGAAACAGGUUUCAAAUAAAACCCGUAAAUAA